GCGCGAGGAGGAGCGAGUUGGGGGCGGAGACGAGGAAGUGGGCGCGAGCGGCGGGGCGCAGGCCGGGCGCCCGCUCCAUCCCUGCCCCGAGCGGAGCCGGCGCGGGCGCAGGACCGCGGCGAGCCCGGAGCCGAAGCCGGAGCCCCACGGCGCAGCAGCUCAAGCUCCUGUUCUCCAGUGGUCCUAAGAGGCAGACGCAGCAGUCCUUGACCCCCGUCGCAUGGGUGGGAGCAUCCAUCAGCUAUGGAGAACGAUGUGGCCACAUCUCCACGUGAUCUCUCCUGCAUAAAACCAAAGCCACCUCCAGACACAUGCUCUGGUGCCUCAGUCUCUAUGCAAAACCUGGAGAGUGGAGACCUGCUUCAGUCCUUGGGGGAAGCUGGCUCUGCAGGGGGUAAUUCGAGGACUGGAAUUUGAACCAAGAACCUUCUCUCUUCCUUCACUCUUCUUCAUUCAUGUUCAUGCCCAAUACCUCCUCGGAGACGGCUCUAUUUAUUUCUAGAAAAGCAGUACUGCGGCAGUCAUCGUAGCCUCCCCAUGUCUGGACAUUUUCUUUUGGCUCUCCCGGAAGCCUAGAGCCCAGCGAUUGACAUAACUGGCACCCGGGGGAGCUGCACGAGCAGCGGCCAGGGGCCGUGGGCAGAGGAAGGAGCCGUGAGGUUCCAGGAUGGUACCUAACGGCACAGCCUCUUCCUUUUGUCUGGACUCUCCCCCAUGUAGGAUCACUGUCAGCGUGGUCCUCGCUGUCCUCAUCCUCAUCACCGUCGCCGGCAAUGUGGUGGUCUGCCUGGCUGUGGGCCUGAACCGCCGGCUCCGCAGUCUGACCAACUGCUACAUUGUGUCUUUGGCCAUCACUGAUCUGCUCCUUGGCCUCCUGGUGCUGCCCUUCUCAGCCUUCUACCAGCUAUCCUGCAGGUGGAGCUUCGGCAAGGUCUUCUGCAAUAUCUAUACCAGCCUGGAUGUGAUGCUCUGCACGGCCUCCAUCCUUAACCUCUUCAUGAUCAGCCUCGACCGGUACUGCGCUGUCACGGACCCCCUGCGCUACCCUGUGCUGGUCACCCCAGUCCGAGUGGCUGUGUCUCUUGUCUUAAUUUGGGUCAUUUCCAUCACCCUGUCCUUUCUGUCUAUCCAUCUGGGGUGGAACAGCAGGAAUGAGACCAGCAAUUUCAACCACACCAUCCCCAAGUGCAAAGUCCAGGUCAACUUGGUGUAUGGCUUGGUGGAUGGGCUGGUCACCUUCUACUUGCCUCUGCUGGUCAUGUGCAUCACCUACUACCGCAUUUUCAAGAUUGCCCGGGAUCAGGCCAAGAGGAUCCACCAUAUCGGCUCCUGGAAGGCAGCUACCAUCGGGGAGCACAAAGCCACAGUGACACUGGCCGCCGUGAUGGGAGCCUUCAUUAUCUGCUGGUUCCCCUAUUUCACUGUGUUUGUUUACCGUGGGCUGAGAGGGGAUGAUGCCAUCAACGAGGCCUUUGAAGCCGUCGUUUUGUGGCUGGGCUAUGCCAACUCGGCCCUGAACCCUAUCCUGUACGCCACACUAAACAGAGACUUCCGCACGGCAUACCAGCAGCUCUUCCGCUGUGGACCUGCCAGCCACAAUGCCCACGACACUACUCUGAGGUCUGGCAGCUCUCAGCUGGCCAGGAAUCAAAGCCGAGAACCCACGCGGCAGGAAGACAAGCCCCUGAAGCUCCAGGUGUGGAGUGGGACAGAGGCCACAGCCCCUCAAGGAGCCACAGACAGGUAGGUGUAACCACAUGACUGAGUUCUGGCCAAUGAUGUGCAAGUGGAAGCAAACUGUAAGCAUUCCAGGAAGACUGCCUAAAGGGAAUUGACUCAGCCAAAGUACAGCCCUUUCAGCCUUUCCUCUCAUCCUCUUCCUUGAGCUUCCAGUGGAGUUGUGACGGUUGGAGUUCCUGGAGUCCUCUUGGGCCAUGUGGUGACCUUGAGGACAGAAGAUGUGUGCAGCGGAGCAUAAACAUGGAAGGAGCCUGGGUUCUUAAUGAGUUCCUGGAGCACGCAUACCAGCACUGCACUACCUUUAUGCAAUAAAGUAAAUCUUUGUGUGUUUAAGCCCCUGUUACUUUUGGGAUUUCCAUUACACACAGCAACACCUAUUCCUAACUGAUAGUGUAUCUGAUUGGAAAUUCCUUGUUCUCUGUCAAGAGGCUGAUGUCUGCAAAUAUACAAAAGUGUGCCUAGAACAACUUUCAGAUACACAAAAGGCCUAAGAUUUAAUAUGAUCUUUAUUGACAGUUGGAUUCUCCAAAGAAAGUUAGAUUUGGUGGGAGAAUAAAAACAGAUCAUUUAUGUUGUACACUUAAUGCAGAAUCCAGUCCAUGCAAAGCACGCAAACAACAAUGACUUCUAGAUUAGUCCAACCUAACCUAAGGUUGGAUCAAUUAGUCCAACCCUGCGAUUUGACAUGUGUGCAAAUGGAGGUCCAGAGAGGGGAAGCCCCUUGUCCAAAGUCCUGUAGCCAGUCGGCAGUGCAGGCAAGACUAGAGCGCUCAUUUCUUCACCUUUGCCUGUGAUCUUUCCUAUCUUCCUGAUCCCUUUUGCAAGGAAAUGAGGCAGUGGUCAGGAGGCCCUGCCUGACCAUACCCCCUCCAGGAGCCUCUCUGGCAGUGAUCCUUUGUCUUAGUCCACCCAGGUUGCUGUAACCAAAUACCACAGGCGGGGUGGCUUAUAAACAACAAACAUUUGUUUCUCACAGUUCUGAAGGCUGGAAGUCCAAGAUCAGGAAGCCAGCAUGGUCCAGUGAGGGCCCUCUUCUGGGUCACAGUGUUCUUGUUGUGUUCUCACAUGGCAGAAGAGGAUGAGGAACUCUCUGGGGUCUCUUUUGGAAGAGCACUACUCCUACUCAUGACAGCUAUGCCCUCAUGACUGAACCACUUCCCAAAGGCCCUGCCUUCCAAUACCACCACCUUGGGGAUUAGGAUUUCCACGUAUGAAUUUAGGGUAGACACAAACAGUCAAACCACAGCAUCCCUCUCCCGGGCAGCCAGCUCAGCUGAACAGCCUCUCGGAUCUCUUCCAAGUUCAGGAUUCCCUAGCUUUUUCAGGACCAGAAUGAAGAGAAAGGAUUGGGAGUCCUAUCCUCUUCCAUCCAUGCGUCCCCCUGUCUCUGUUCCUGUGAUGCCUGUGAGUUUAAUAAUGUAUAAUAGAAAUGAGGACAAAAGUGGGGAAAGUAAAUAGUCUGAGCAUCUAAAUAGUAUCCAAACCUGGGACACAGGUAGGGUGGGUUUACAGCCUUUUUCCUUCUUUCUUAGGGGUCUUCACAGCCCUUUCAGUAGCUCUGUCUCCUGUAGGGAAGGCAGGAGCCAUAAGACAUCAGGGUGGCUAAUACAGCCAUGGAAGAAGGUCUAGAGGUGCUGACCUCACUGGAAGGCCAAAAGGGAAGACAGAAUGCUCCAGAAAUGGUUUUGUUGCUGCCUCCCUGCCAGAGAAGUAUCUGUUAUUAGAAGAACCUUAUCAACAUUUUCUUAGUGCUGUUAUGAAGACAGCCAACUUGCCCUAAACUGAUGAAUUUUGAAAGAAGCAUAAAAUAAUUAAAAAAAAAAAAAAAAACAACUCUGAAGCUAAAAGAGUAAUAAUGAAUGUUUAAAAGCUUGGCUCAUUUGAAGCUUCUCUCUGGAACACAUUAACCCUUUCACUGAUUACAGGUUCCAAAAAAGAUGAUUAUUAGGGGAUUCCAAGAACCAUGUGAGAUAUUAAAAUAUCUCUGAUCAUUUAAUUCUUAGAAGAACCCUGCGUUGCAGAAAUUGGUGUCAUGCCCCCCACCCAGCCAUAAUCAGGGGAGCUGGACCCACACCUGGGCCUGUGAGACGGUGACAGCUCACGCUCUGGUCUCCAUGCUGGGCCCAGCCAUAUUUUGGUCCUCCACCGUGGGUCCGCCCUGGGACUCAGCCAGGACAGAUGGCCCACUUAGCCUACCCAAGGACAAUCUCUCAUGCUUGCCUGCCAGCUCUUAAACCUUCCAGCCUGGCCAACAAGGUCAGAAAGCUCUUUGGGAGACAGGGGGUGGGGACGCUGCUUGGGCCACCUCCUUCAUUCUGGUUCUCCUUGGCUCAGAGGAGCAGGUUGCCAAGCGAGAAAGCCGAGGGAAAGCUGGUCCUGGCGGCCCUGAGGGCAGAACUGGAGACUCCAGAGAGGAAGUCUACACAGAGGCAAGUUUGGACUCCACAGAAGAUGAGCUUCUAGCAGAGCUUCCAACUCAUCUAGUGAUGAGUUUCCCAUCACUAGAGGUAUGCAAGCUGAAGUCAAACCGCCACCUUCCAGGAAUGCAGUAUGAGCCAUCCUUGCCUUUGGUGGUUUUGGCACUCAGGGGCAUUGAAAUAAUCCUUAUUCCAGGAGAGCUUAUUACAACCAACACCAAGUUAGCAUGCACCAAGACCCUGCUCCAGAUGCCCACCCAACCUGUGCCCGUCCAACCUCAACAGCUCUGCAGCUGGGGCUCAUUAGCCCCAUUUUCCAGAUGCUUAGAGAAGGCAAGUGGCUCAUCCAGGGCCAUACACCUUGACCCAUAUCCAGCUGCCUCCCACACCUUUCAGUGCUUUUUCCACUCUGAAUCUUGCCUGAAGUCAAUCCCAUUUGUGGAAAGCAAUCCUCCCAUAAAGGAUGAGGACCUCCUCUGCAUAAUACCAAAAAUCACUAUUUACUGAAAGCUUGCGAUGUGCCAGGCACUCUUUUAUGCACUUUUUUUUUUUUUGCAGAUAUUAUCUCAUUUAAUCCAUCCAAAUCAACUUUCCCCUUUGCUGUAUGAAGAAAUUGACUUGUAAAGGUGAAGUCACUUGCCCGAGGUCAGAGCCAGUGAGUGGCAGACCAAGCCUUCUUGUUUUUUUGAAGUACUCCUGGUUCAGCGGGGGGCAGACCCAGCCACAAGGCAUGUGGAAUAAGAGGAGGACAAUGAGAAAGAAGAGGGAGUAGGGAUGGUCUGGGGCAGCCAUGUGAAAGAGCAGCUUUCACGAAGCUGAUGGAAAGCUGGGGAGGACCCUUCCAGCAAAAGGGCCUGACUGCAGAAGCUGGAGGCUGCCCCUUCCCCAGUUGGUUUGUAUGGAUAGCUGGAUGGCUUUAGUCAAGUCACUGUCCCGUUCUGAACUUGGAACAGACCACGGCUUAAACCAGAGCUCCAAGUCCAGCAGGGAUGAGAGGACAGUUGGGGAAACUGAGGCAAGCAGGCAGAGUUAGUGAAAGCUAUGAUUCCACAAGUCCACUCACCAGUUUCCCAGCUGGGAGUGCUAAUUGACUCUCCCUGCUCUGGGAGGCGGGAGGGGCGGGGAUUGGGAAUGGAGACCCCACCACUUGCAAAUCAUUAGGUCCCAACUAUUCGGAGAAGGUGCAGGGGUGGUGCCUGGAAGCUGCCAUCCCAGCGUCUUGCACUCUCAGAUCCCAUUAGCACCCUUUCCAACCAGGACCCGCAAGGGCCCUGUCUCCAGCCAGCUUCCAGGGAGUUGAUCCUAUAGGUCGCUUUCAUUCAUUUGUUUAUUCGUUCAACAAACAUUUGUUGGGCACCAGCAACGCCCCAUCCUGGAGCAAGGCACUUCCAGGCCCAUAUCCUUGCUACUCUGCGGUGGGGCUAAUUACCCACCAUCGGCCAGAAGAGAGGAAGAAAUUCAGUCACGGUCACACACCUAAGAAGGAGUAGAGUCCAUACUCAAGCCUACGGCCUUGCUGCCACACCAGCCCAGGCUUGGCCCACGGUGUCUGAGAUAAACCCACAACUCAGGCCCUGCUGCCUGAGCCAUGUGUGUGCCUGUCUGAAGGUCCUGGAUUUCCCACCGUCCUGGCACCUGUCACGGUUUAGCAGGUUACCAUGGUAUCGCUCCCCAGCACCCCGGGCAGCAGGGACCACCAUCUGUUUACACGGCUGUCAGAGGAAUUGAUGUCAUGCGAAAUUGUCAGCUCAGCAGGAUGGGAGGAGGAAGAGUGGGCGGCUCUGAAAGCUUCCAAGCUAUCAACACUCAUCUCCAUCAAAGCCCUGAGCAAGUCGCUGCUCCCUUGGGAGGAAUGGAGGAGAAGGGGGAUUGAGAAAAAAAAAAAAAAAAAAAAAAGGAUACUUCCUCAGAGGAAGAAGCAGGGGGCAAUCAAUGGUAAUCGUAUUAUUAUUUCCAUUGUGAUAAUCAUUUUACAAGUCACAGGCUCAUUUCAGCCUCUCACAGCCCUGGAAGGUCAGCAUCACCAUUAGCUCCAUUUUACAGAUGCUCCAGACUAUGAAACUGAGGCUCCGAAACACGAAAAGCCUGCUCGAGAUCAUAGGCAAACAGGAUGGCUGAUCCCGUAGGAAACGGCUCCUGAUCCUCAGGCUAGGAGGCAGGGAGUUGCUUUUGGCCAAGAUGGGAGGCAGGUCUGCCCCAGGGAUGCAGGCACAGGGCAGUUGGUCCACUGACCGCACCACAGAGCGUGGGAUGGAAAUGACAUGAAGAGCCCGGGCUGAGAGCCGGGAGCCUCGGGUUCUAAAUUACACCCUCUGACACGAACACUGCUGCAAUCAGGGACAAACAGCUGGUGAUUGCCAAGGCCAGAGCACAACUAAGGGACGCCUAAAUAUCCCAGGAAAUAUAACUGGACAGUGGAAAUCUGUUGCUUGCCAGUUCAUCACCCAUUCCCGUUUUCAGUAACAGUCUACUGAUUCUCCCCCGGGGAGCCAAAACCCCUCUAGUCUCACUCCACCGGGGACCGGAAGACGCUGACCCACCCCAGAUAACCUGCCUCUAAUCCAACUGGUGUAUCUCAACUCCGGGCCAUGAUGAUUGGCUCAGACAUAGGCACGUGACCCAAAGCGAGCCAAUGAGAGUCAGGAAAGAGAAUCUCUCCUGCUGGGCUCCUAAAAGGAGACAAUAUAGGCCAGAACUUGACCACCGUCUUGCACCACGGGGGCAGAGCCUGCUUGAGAAGGUAGCUGACGUCCGGCUAAGCAAGGCCAAGAAGGGGAGUACAGAUUUCCCCUGGAUCCAGCCACUCCUGGAGGAGAGAAUCUUUGGGACUCGCAUCCCUUUUUGCUGAGGUAGUUGAGUUUCCUCAGUGCCACUUGAAAGAGUCCUGGUUGGUUCACCCCAACGCAUCUCAGUGAGGGAACCCGGUGGGGUUGGGAGGAAUCACUGAAGAAGCAGCCCGGGUUAAAAGUGAGACGGUCCCCCCCCCCCCCCCACCUCCGAGGGGAAACCGAGUGACAACAGAUUGGUUGCUCAACUGGCCUCAAAGGAGAGUGGGCAGGUUAACUUCAGGGUUUGGUUCUGCGGGUUGUGCAAGUUGGGACCAGCGCGGAAUUGCAAGAAUAGGGGACUGGUUGAGGCUGUCACAAGACUCUGUUCUCUCCAUUCUCCCCCUGCCGUACCCAGCCUCACCUCUAAAUAAACAUUGACCAAAUAUUUAGAAAAUACUGACUUGAAAGGACCCGGUGUAUUAACCUGCACAAGUGACCCACGUGUCUCCAGCUAGCCCAUGUAUUAUCAAACCUGAUACAACCUUGGACAAAUCCUGUUUCUCUCUGGGCCUCAGUUUUCUCAUCUCUGAAGUGAGGACCCCCCCUUUGCAUUUGCUAUGAGGAAAGGGAAGCAGUAAGGGACAGGACUUGAUUGACAUGCACUGUGGCCGGGCCAGGAAGAGCUUGGAAUCUCUCACCCCUCACCGCAGGGUCACAGUCUCCCAUUUUCAAAUAAGCAACGGUUUUCAGUUGGGACGUUUUUCUCCAUUUAAAACCCUGUCUCUCCUUCCUUCUUAAAGACACAAACUGAAAUAUUUAUGGAUGAAGUGAUACGAUGCCUGGGAUUCGCUUCAAGAUGAUAUGGAAGGGAGAGAGUAGGUGGAGGUAUAGAUUAAACAGAAUUGGCUGGGAGCUGUCGAAACAGGGAUGAUGGACACAUGAGGGUUUAUUAUACUAUUUCUCUACUUCUGCAGAAGUUUGAAAUUUCCAUAAUAAAACGUUCAAAAGGAAAACAAACCCCCUGGCUUGCUAUCAGUGUGGGCUGUUCUGACAUGUUUCAACACGCUACACCCCAGAACCUGGGAGAGCCUCAGCCCCGGCUGGGGGGUGAGAAGAAGUAUUUCAGGAUAAUUGAUGGAGAUAAUCGUCUGAGCUUUGUACCUGUGUUUUUUCUCCUCCCGCGUCUCAAACAAGGUGGCAACUUUCGGCUCCCUGACUUGCAGGAAGGCUGAGGCAGGGUGGGAAGGCAAAGAUGUGUGAGUGAAGAGCUGGGAGAACUGAGAGCGGUAUGGAAACCGUGAGUUCUGCCGGAGCCGGGACCUGGAGCAUCUCUGUGGUGACCGGUCGGCACCGCCGAUGCCUAAGGCGGGACCUCUCAGAGGCCUUGGCAAAGCCUGAGAAGGUAUGGCUUUUGCCUUAAACCAGUGGGGAGGCUGCUUCCCUAACGGCUGACACCUUCUGGUCUGUCAGGUCUGGAUUUUAAUUUAAGUCCCUGGAAAGAAAAGGAAGAACUAUCUACUUGCGGUCACAUGAGAGGAGUGGCAGAAUGAUGCAGGAGGCUCUGGAGUCCAAAGAGCCACAGUCUGAUCGUGGUUUUGCUGCUUAUAAGCUGUGAGACCCUGGACAAGUCAUUUCACCUCGUCAGACUCAGCUUCUCCAUCUGUAAGGUGAGGAUGACGGCACCUACAGUGAUGGACUUGCAAGGAGAGCAAGACGAGGCAAUGUCCCCCACCGCGCAUGGCACGUCCACUUCUCAUUCUCUCUCUCUCUCUCCCCCACCCACCCGCCACCACCCUGCAAUCAGGAAAAAGCUGUUUAAAUAGAACUGUAAUUGAUAUGCAGUCAGCGGAGGCUAAUUAAGAAUUUAUUUUUGCUCCUUGAUUAAAUGACGGUUUAAAGUC